GUUCUACUUCGCCUGUGGACAAGAUUGACCUGUCACUCGAUGUUACUAUGAGUGUGCAAAAUUGUUCAAAGCCUGAAGUAGUCAAAGAUGGUAUUAGGAAAGUGAUUUUGCAGCUAAUUGAGAAUCAAAACAGGCGAUAUGUUGGGAUUUGCCCCAAUAACUGCUCCUCCGAUUUUCAAAUUAAAAUUGUAGACUUAUGUGGGAAAAGCUUUGGCAGCAAGCAACAGACAAGUGGAAAUGCCACUGUAAAUGUGUCAGUAAAUCAAACUGAUGCUGUGGUGAGAGGACAAAAUGGGCGGCUAAGACCUUCAAUGCCAGCUCUGAUAGAAGCCUUUUAUGAUCUUGAUCCUGUAAAUGAAACACUAACAAACUACACACUUUCAAUUGAUUCAGUCAAAGUAGCAGGAUGUGGUCCGGGCUGUGUUGUUAGCAAUUCAUACUACCCACAAAUUUGUGUUCCUGGACAGUUCGUUGCGGUUGAUAAAUGUGAAGCCUGUGCAAAAGGCAAUUAUUCAACUCAUCCUGUCAGUGAUAAAUGUGAACCAUGCCCUGAUGGACAAACUACAGCAACAGUUGGUGCUGGAAUCAAUGCAUCAUCUUGUUAUGAAAUUUGUGUUCCUGGGCAGUUCUUUAGGGUUGAUAAAUGUGAACCCUGUGCAGAAGGCUCUUACUCAACACAUCCUGUCAGUGAUAAAUGUGAAUCAUGUCCUGAUGGACAAACUACAGCAACAGUUGGUGCUGGAAUCAAUGCAUCAUCUUGUGAUGGCAUCUGUGCAACAAACAAAAAUUACUGUGGGGACAAAGGAACUUGUGAAAUAAAUUCUGAAAAAAAACACUACUGUCACUGUCAUUCAGAUUAUUACGGUGAUGUAUGUGAUCUGCGACAAGAGCCAGAAGAUGAGAAUUUGAAAAUAGUGAUUGGAGUGACUGCUGGGGUGGGAGGAUUGCUCCUGAUUCUGGCGAUCAUUUGUGGAAUCCUUGCAUGCAGGAGAAAAGCAGCAGAGAGAAAAUCAGCCACUGCAAGUCUGGAGUCUGAAUCGGAUGUAACUCACAUCAGGUUUCCAAGGUUCAACCCCACAAAAAACUGGUUUGACCCAUUUAUGUAUCGAGAAGAGACACUCGAUCUGCCUCGCCCCAGCUCACAUAGCACACACUGA